AUGGAUCAAACCGGUGGCUUUGGCACAGCGAAGAACUACUACGAAAGCGAUCCAUCGUGGAUGUAUUAUCACGGAUCGCGGGAAUACCAUCUAUCCUCGAACCAAGCUGAAACCGGCUGGCUACCAACGAUGACGCCACCGCCGGACGCGAACAGCUUCGGAACGCCGCUUUCCUAUGGCCAACCUGGCACACCAUCUUCGACCACCAGUAGCGGCGAGUGGGCUCCACAGCUGUUCAACACCAACUACGAUGCGUAUCCACCGUUGCCCCAAACGACAUCCGUUCCCGUUAGCGGCUUUUAUCGCGCUCAGAAUGACUAUCCGUCGAAUAACUUUUAUUCCUACUCGAUUGGCCACGGUUACACGGAUGUCUCACAGCCAUCAACAGCAGCAGGGGCAGCAGGGGCAGCCCCGAUGAACCUAACGACACCUUCAUACGCACCGCCAGCUCAACAGCAACCGGUGAUCGUUCCGGCGCCGGAUCUGGAAGACAUCAAGUUCGAUUUCAAGAUGCUUCCCCUGACAAACUCGGCAAGUGAACAGGCGAAUGGGGAAUCCAGCAGCAGCAUAGGCCAGACCGUGAUGGAGUCCAUCGCCCCAAAAACGGAACAGAAAUCCGUAGUUUACGAGCGAUACUUACUGACAGCCGCAACAACACCACCACUGUCACCGUGCGAUUAUAUGUCACAGCAGGCUCCUAUGACAACCACUACUAAUCCGUCAACUAUUCCGUUCGAGCUGAAAGCAUCAAUCGUUCAGCAUCCUGCCCAUUCGGUCGAUGCAAUUCUGCUACAACCCAUCGAGAGUACAUCAUCACCGGUGACGAAAGCCAAGACAAAAACACGAAGGGCAACUGGAAUCGGAGGUGCAUCAGGAUUGCGGUGCGAAGAGUGCGAUAAAUCCUUUGUCCGGCCUGUGGGUCUCACGCAGCACAAUUUGAGCAAACACUCGGGUGAAAAACCGUAUGGUUGUGUGAAGUGUGGCAAGCGAUUCGCCGAUCCGGUAUUGCUGGAGCGCCACUUCCAGCGUCAUCAGGCGAAGGAUAAGCCGUUCAAGUGUGUCGUCUGUCCGAAACAGUUCUUCUACCGAAUGGAUCUGGUGCGGCACAUGUACUUGCACACCGGGGGUGCCCCGCAUGCCUGUAGCUUCUGCGGAAAAACGUUUGCGCGGCGCGAUCACAUGCAUUCGCACGAGCAAAUUCAUCAGCGUCGAUCACUCCCGGUUAAACAGGAACAACAACAAAGCUAGCGCUAUGCGCUCCGUAGACGGUCGUAACUCAUCGUUCGUUCUCAUUUCAUCACUAGGAUAUUCUUGUGUUGACGACAUAAUUAAGGUGCUUAAAAUAUGAAAUUGUGAGGUAUUUUGUGGCAACCGGGGAAAAAAUGGUCAACAUACAACGCACGACCAGCCUAGCAACAGAUUCAGUUUUCCCAUAACUGGUACAUCCUUCUUUUAACUCGAG